AAGUAUAUCCACACACUUACAAAUCAACAGUAUCACUUUACCUCUGUCUUGAAAAUGAAUCUAUGGUUGUCAAUUUUCUCUCUCUUGCUCUCUCUUCUACUAGGAGGUUCAUCAGCUGAGCAAUGUGGAAAGCAAGCUGGGGGGGCGCUCUGCCCUGGAGGCCAAUGUUGUAGCCAAUUUGGUUGGUGUGGCACUACACCUGAAUAUUGCACCACAGGCUGCCAAAGCCAGUGUGGCGGUGGCGGUGGCGGUGGCGGCGGUGGUAUUGACAGUGUCAUUUCUAGAUCCACCUUUGACCAAAUGCUUAAACACAGGAAUGACUGCCCCUCCAAGAGCUUCUACAGUUACGAUGCUUUUAUAGAAGCAGCAAAGGCCGUCCCUGCCUUUGGCACUACUGGUGAUGCUGCCACACGCAAAAGAGAAGUUGCUGCCUUCUUAGCCCAAACUUCCCAUGAAACUACUGGGGGGUGGCCAAGUGCACCAGACGGCCCCUAUGCUUGGGGAUACUGCUUUCUCAGAGAACAGGAACCCAAAUCAUCUUACUGUGAUCCAAAAUAUCCAUGCCCUAAGCAAUACUUUGGCAGAGGUCCUAUACAGCUCUCUUGGAACUACAACUAUCAGAGGUGUGGAAAUGCGAUAGGAGUGGACUUGAUAAACAAUCCGGACCUUCUAGCAACAAAUGCAGUGAUUUCAUUCAAGUCAGCCUUGUGGUUCUGGAUGACCCCGCAGGCACCCAAGCCAUCAUGCCACAAUGUCAUCACCGGAAACUGGCAACCCACUAGUGCUGAUCGGUCAGCAGGCCGGGUUCCAGGAUUCGGUGUGAUCACAAAUAUAAUAAAUGGAGGGAUUGAAUGUGGGCAUGGUGCCGAUUCAAAGGUUCAGGAUCGCAUUGGGUUCUAUAAGAGAUACUGUGACAUGCUUGGCAUUGGCUAUGGUGAUAAUCUUGACUGCUAUGGCCAGAAGCCUUAUAGCCCUGGAAUAUUAGUGGAAACCAUGUAACUUAAUUAACCUUGUAUCCAAAAUAUUGUGUCAUAUUGCAAUAAAUCCAAUCAUAUCCAGCUUCUGGUUGGGUAUAUAAUAAUUGAAGUGAUGCAAGGGUUUUUACUGUUUAAAUUAUAACUGAGAAAUCUUAAUGUGAAAGCUUUUAUUGUUUUUGAAUA